GCUGCAUGGUUUGAUUACAAUGAUUUCAACCUAUGGAAGCUUGUGUUGCAUUAAAUUAUCAUUGUAAUGCAGAUCCUACUGAAAACAUUAAUGAACAGAAAAGCAUAUGAUUCACAUUUCGAUGACAGGAAAGAUCGGUAUAGAUAGGCAAGAGUCUUGGAUACUGAAGCAAAUUUAUUUACAUAGACAACAAAGACAGAUUCCGGUGACAGUUUUAGAAUGGUUUUGUAAAGGGCAAGGCAAUAUGUCAGCUUCGGCUAAGUACUGAGCUGUUGGGUAUGGAGAAGAAACUGUAGCCUUAUUGUUGUUAGAAGCAUUGACCCUUGAUCAUAGAUAUGUAAUUGAUUCUAGGAGAUCAUUUUCAUUCUUGUAAAGAUUACAAUUAAUUGUACAUGUAAUUCUGCAACUAUAAAUAGAAUAUCUCACCCACAUUUAAGGUGAAGACGUGGUUUGUAAAACACUCAUGGUAUCAGAGCUUCUGGAUUAACCUGCCUUCGAUCCUUUCUUCUUCUCUCAAAUGGCCACCAAAAACCCUUCUGCCCCUCAGCCCUUCACCACCCUUUACCCUUAUUCAUAUGAUCAUUGUCAAAUUAUCUUCUGCUAAUUACCUCAUUUGGCAUAGUCAAAUCCUUCCCCUCAUUGAGAGCCAGGACCUUGUCGGUCAUGUUGAUGGUUCCAUUGUUCCACCUCCAAAAUUUGAUUCUCCCAACUCUCAAACACCAAAUGACAAAUAUUUGGCCUGGAAAGCAAUCGAUCAACGCUUGCUUUGCCUCCUCCGAUCCUUCCUAACUGAAGAAGCAUUGGCUGAUAUUGUUGGACUCUCCACCGCUCAUGACGUCUGGCUUGCUUUGGAAACAACCUUUAAUCACGAGUAUAAGACACGAGAAAUCCACCUCAAGGAUGAAUUGCAGUCGAUGAAGAGAGCCACCAGGUCUGUCAUGGACAUUGCCCGUGUCUUCAAGGGAUUCUGCGACGAGCUACACACCACUGGACGUCUAGUUGACAAUACCGACAAAGUGCACUGGUUUCUUUGUGGAUUUGGUGCUAAAUUUUCAAGUCUCUCUUCUGCCCAGAUGGCCCUCGCUCCGCUUCCAUCAUUUGUUGACCUUGUCUCCAGAGCCAAGAGCUUUGAAUUAUUCCAAAAAUCUUGCGUCACCUACUGUUGUUGCUGCCUUCACUAUCACAGGUCGCAACUGGCAGCCAAGGAAUCAACCACACUGGAGGACCAAUCCUGGACAGCAACCUCGCACCUCUGGAUAGUUCUCCCGUCAUCAGCACUCAACCAAGGACGCAAUUAUGGCCAAGCACGUCGCCCUCCACGUUGCCAUAUAUAUUGCGCUGAUGCACACUUUACAGACCAGUGUCCUCAGCACUAUUCUCAUGCUUCAACCGCUCAUAUUGCUGAGGCUUUCAAUGAUUCUUGCUCACUUCAUAACUCGGAAAGAGUUGAUUGGUCCCUGAACAUGGGGGCUUUAGCUCAUGUGUUUAAUGAUCCCUCUAUUUUGGAUCACGCAAAAUCAUAUAAUGAAUCAUCAAACAAGAAGAGUAGUAGCAACCGGUAAUAUGCUUGGCGGCUUGUAUGUGCUAACGCGAGGAACAUCGGCUUUUAUCUCCACCCUAAAAAAUAAACUGUCACAUGCUUCCUAUGACUUAUGCCAUUCUUGCAGAGGACAUGUAAACAAUUCUUUUAUUUCAUCUUUAAAUAAA